AUACUAUUCAUCUUUAUUGCUCUGACUCCUACUUCUUUGCACAAGUUCCCUUUGACCUGCAAUGCUUCUUUACUUUUUUUUUCUCUUAACUUCUUGUAGCUCUGAUUGGAAAAGAAAUAUAGAGACAUUGGAGAAAAAUAGUGUAACCAGUCUGAGGACAUUGAUCAAUCUUGGUUCUGAAGUGUACAUACAAGCUGAUGUGUAUGUUUCUUCAUACCAUAUCAAUGUCAUUUUACUUGGUUGUUCAUAGGAUUAGUAUACAUUUGAAGUAUUUAUCAAGAUAUGAAAGAAUUCAUUUCUCUUUUGUUUGAGGUGUGUGUGAUUUAUUAUAACUCUAUAUGUUUGUGUCUGCCUAUGCACUGAAAAAAAAAAGAAAAUAUAUGGUACCUUAGUUGUUCCAAGUAUGUCUUCAGCUAUGGUGAACAAAGUGUUGUAGGUUCUUUGGGCUACGAGCUUGGGUUUUGGUAGUCUCAGUACCAGAUCGAAUCAUGUCAGAUUGAUAUAGGGUGCAAGAGAAGUGUUCUUUACUUGAUGUGAUGGUGCUUACUGUAAACAAAUAUGAGAGAUAAUUGCAGAAACAAGGCAAAAACAAUCAAUUAUGGGGAUAGUUCAAAACUUUAACAGCUUACGAAUAAGCGAUCGAACCUGAAUUUAUCUUUCCUGAUUUCCAAUUUUCAACUCUAGAUAUUCCCCAGGCAAUCACGACCUUCAAGCUUCUCAUCAUAACUAUGCAUCUUUAGGAAACAUCUGUUUUUUUGAACUUGAUAAGUGGAGCCGAUUCAUGUAUUCUUAAGGUAGUUAUGUCAAUGAUUGAGUUGGAAUGGAACAAACAAAAGAGAAUGAUUUAUAAUGUCAAUGUAUCCAUGAAUGAUUUAUAAGCCUAUGUGCUUGAUUUAUCAACUCUAGAUAUAUUGAGUGAUUGAGUUGGAUCUAUUACAAUUAUCUAUUGAUUGAAUACCUUGAGCUUUUUGCCAAAAUCUGUCUCAAAACUGAUUUUAAUUUGUAGCUAUGGUACAUUUGCUACUUGAGGUUGUGAUGGUUAUGUCGAUGUGUAGGAUGGAAACAAUAAAAAAAGGCUGUAUCAGUUAUUUUUCCUUAACUGAAUUUGAAAUGUCUUCCACUCCAUGACGACAUUAAUCUCUCACUCCAUGACGACAUUAAUCUCUCCUGGGGCUAAGCAAGGUUUGAUUCCCCUUGCUGUAGUACCUGUCAGAAAACACCUCAGGUUCUGUAACUACUUUGCUGCAAUGGCCUACUGCCCUAACUGGGAUGGAGAUGCCUGUGAUACAAGUACAGAAGUACAGGAUAUGGCUUCUAGCCAAGAAUAUUUUGGCUCCUCUUCCAAUUGGAUUUGCAGUUUUCUUGGUUCAAUUGGCCAGCAUCCCUGUUACGGGCACUGGCAUCGACCCUGCAAGAAGUCUUGGUGUAGCCAUCAUCUUCAAUAGAAACCUUGGAUGGAAUGAUCAUGUAUCUAAGCCUAUAAUGAUUGUGUCUUCAUGUUCCCAGUAUCUAUUCAUAUUCUUAGCUAAAUAACUAUUUUAUCUCUGGUUUUCAGUGGGUCUUCUAGGUUAGACCCUUCAUUGGAGUUGCUCUCGCUGUAGUGUAUCAUUAGAUAGUGAUCAAGGCCAUUCCUUAUAAGAGCCAGGCUUAAAAGGGAUCAAAUUUUUUAUCCUUUUACUGAUCCUCAUCUUGUUAUCUAUACAUUUAUUAAAUGGACAAAGAUAUCAUCUAUUAAUUUUUCUUGUUUUGUUGUUCCCUA